AGAUACAUUCCUUGAUUUGUAACAACACCCGCCACCGGAAGCUGAUGGCGCGCUUCACAAAUGUUUUGUUUAUAACAAGAAUUGCUCACAGUAAUGGCUAAUCUUUAGUAUUUGUGUUAUUUCACCAGUAUUGCUGAGACAUGGAAGUGGAAUUACUGCAUGAGGUACCAGAAUCCUUGAAAAGAUUGGUCCGCCUCAUAGUACGAGGGUUCUACAGUAUUGAACACGCCAUUAUUUUAGAUCUUUUAGUGCGACAUCCUUGUAUGAAGGAAGAUGACAUUAUUGAUUUGUUGAAGUUUGAGCGCAAACAGUUACGUUCUAUGCUGAAUACUCUGAAAAUGGAUAAAAUUGUGAAAGUGCGCAUGAGGGUUGAGACUGAUGCUGAGGGUCACACCACUCGGCACAACUACUAUUUCAUCAACUAUAAAGUUUUUGUCAAUGUUGUCAAAUAUAAAUUGGAUCACGUCUAUCGAAAGAUUGAGGCAGCUGAGCGUCAGAGCACAAGUCGGUCGUCCUUCAAGUGUACACAGUGUGAGAAGACCUACACUGACCUGGAGGCCGGCCAGUUAUUAGACCCAUACACCGGUUUAUUAGUGUGUAUGAUUUGUCAGGUAGAGGUGGAGGAAGAUGAGAGUGCAAUACCAAAACAGGAUGCACGGACAAUGUUAGCAAAGUUCAAUGAACAGAUCCAACCAAUAUAUGACUUGCUGAAAGAAUGUGAGGAUGUGCGGUUGGCACCGGAGAUUCUUGAACCAGAACCUGUUGAUAUGAAAUCAAUUACACAAAAAUCCCAAAGUAAUAAUCCCAAAUAUGAUAGUAAAUCGGUAUGGAGUGGUGAAGCAACCAAAAACAUCAGCUAUGGUUAUGAGGAGAAUACAGUGACGAUCACAGUGUCAGAGGAAACAAACCAGCGAGAUAACAAACCUGCGAAAGAACAACCAGUCUGGAUGAAAGAGAGUACAAUUGAGAAACCAACAGCUGUUAUUGGCAAGCCAGCUGAAGUGAUGCACAAGCCAAGCACAUCCAAAGCAGAAUCUAUGGAGUGCAGUGAUGACAUCAUGCGAACACUUUUAGUGCAUGAGAAGAAAUCUGUAGCUUCAGCUGCAGCAAUGGCUAUCUUUCCAAGUAGUGACCAUGGGUCAUCAAGUGACUCAGAUGAAGAAACAGUUCAACCAUCAACGUCAGUGACCGGUGUAGAGGAGAUGGACAGUGGAGAGGAGGAGGAAGAAGAGGAGGUGCCCAUGGUUUGCAUCGGAGACAUGCGUGUUCCUCUACAUGAAGUUACCGACAACAUGGUGACCCAGAUGACAGCUGAAGAGAAAGAGAAUUAUAUCCGACUUGGACAAGAGCUUUAUCAACAUCUUUAUGAAUGAGAACCACAGCAAUGGACGAGUGGGUGUUUGUUGGGCUCUAGGGGCUACGGGAUGGUUAUGUUGGUUGUGUUGAUGGGGGUGGGUGGAGUGGGAGAGGGUAGGGUGUAACAGUGAGAUGUGCAGACCGACUGGGUGAGAUGUUUCAAAAUUGGCCUCAAGGUUUAGCCUAGCUUAGCCUUAGUAAGUCUGUAGCCGAGUAGCAAGCAAAUGGUCGUCGAUGACAUAGCAUUAGACAAGAUGUUCUACAGUAUCCAGUUAAUGGUCUCUGAUUCUUGAGAGCAAAUCCUGGCAGCAUCACCUUCAUGUUUUCAUCCCUCUAGAUUCACAAAAUACAUACCACAGUCAUUGUUAAGGUGGAUUUAAUUCCCUGUACUUGUUCCCAUUGUAAAAUUGGCUCUUCACCUGUUCAGAUGACCUACCAUUACCAACAGCACUUCCACCACCAUUAUCAAUAUCAUGAUCACGAUCCUUAUCAUUGUCAUUAUGCAGAUGCUGUAGUGAGUGCUAAGUUCUCAGAGAGCCAAAUUUGGUGUCACAGUUUCAAUUCUCAACCGAAACUACUUCACUUCAUUUACAUCGGUGAUCAUUAUUAUUACAUUUCUGAUUCUUUAUGUUCUGAGGUCAACUUUGUCUUUCAUCUUUCUUGGGUCUAUAAAAUAAAAUACCAGUUAAGUACUGAGGUUCAUGUAACCAAUUAAUGCCCUU